AUGAGUUUACAAUUACCCCUACGAGGAUCCUCCGCUUUGCGGUGUUCGAGGAAAGCUACAGCUAUAUCACUUGUGUGCUCUCAUCCUGCCAAAUGUAUAGCACGACAAUGGCAAACCCGAUGUCAAACGCGACAGUAUUCAACACCCCCACCACCAAAAACAUAUUUUCAACCCGGUGAUUCUGGAGCUCCAGAUCCCAAGUACUUCAAACCAGUCGAAUCACAAUCUACACCUUCUUCCACUCCUCCCACAACAUACUUUCAACCAGUCAACUCACAAUCCCCACAGGACACAAACCCUCCCGAUGCCGCACCCCGAGCAAAACGGUCUCUCCGGCCCUACAUCUACUCAGCACUCUUCCUCGCCAUAGGUCUCACAAUCGGUGGAGUAGCAGAUCGAACCCUACAUCCACCGCCGCCUCUAGAACCGGGCAGUAAAGCAGAUAUAAUGAGAUCAAACGCCAUAUACAAGCUCGCAGAAAGACUGCCAAUCGUGCAAUCCCUAUCCUCGGAUCCUGAAUGGACAUCUCAAGACGCCUACGCAGACGUCCCCGAAGAAGCUAGAAAAGUCCGGUUUACAGGAGGAGCAUUAGGAGGGUCGCGCGGCCUCGGCGGAUUCAGACGAUCAUUCUAUCACAAAACUUCUGGGGAAGCAAUCACAGUCGUUCAUUUCGGCGACGGACUCUGGGGGUUCCCCAAAAUCACACACGGAGGUCUGAUAGCAACGGUCAUGGACGAGGUGUUAGGAUUGUGUGCUAUUAGGCAGUUUCCAUCGAAAACAGGAGUAACUGCGAAUUUAGAGCUGAAUUACCUGGCACCUGCUAUGGUAGGGCAUUUUUAUAUUAUAAGAGCGAUACCAGUCGCGAAGGGAAUGACGGAGAGGAAGUGCUUUGUGACGGGCACAGUGGAAACGGUUACAGGGAGGAUUUUGGUGGAAGCUAAGGGCUUGUUUGUCGUGCCGAAGGGGUAUGAGUUGAAGGCUAUAACUACAUAA